CAUGACCAUGACCAUGAGGUCCACUAGUCUCUUCUUCUUCUUCCUUUCCCUCCUCUCUCUCUCCUCUGCCUCGAACCAUGACCAUUCAACCUCCAACACCAAUGCCGCACCUACACCUCCCUCUUCUAUCCAACAACUCUGUAAAGCUGCUACUCGGUUCCCUGAUCUAUGCGUGAGCUCGUUAUCCAAUUCCAAACAACUCCCUCCAAACCCAACUCCUCUCCAGCUCAUCUACUCAUCACUCUCUGUCACCUCUGAAACUGCCCGUACAGUCCAAUCAAAGGUGAACGACAUUAUAAACUCCGCCGCAGGGGACCAAAACCGCACAAGAGCCUCGAACAACUGUCUUGAAGCUCUCAAAAGUUCACUAUACCGGAUCUCUAUUACCACCAAUGACGCUCUCCCACGCGGCAACCUCAAAAGCGCUAGAACUUGGAUGAGCGCUUCUCUUCUUCACCAUACCGACUGCGCCUCAGCUCUCACGAAAGUAAACGACACGAAGUUGGUGACCGAGACGCUUUCGCUGGUGGACUCGUUAAUAAACAUUACGAGCAACGCGCUGAGCCUGUUGUUUUCGUACGAUCAUUUCGGAAACAACACCGCUUCGUGGAUUCUGCCGAGGACCGAGCGUGAUGGGUUUUGGGGGCCAGUGAAGAAGUCUGGAAUUGCGGGGUUUAAAGGCGGAGUUCCAGCAAACUUGAAGGUGGACGUGACGGUGAGUAAGGACGGAAGGAAUCGGUCUUAUAAGAUGGUGCAAGAUGCGGUGAACGCAGCGCCCAACAACACCGCUGAUGGAAAGAGGUUUGUGAUAAGAAUUAAGGCAGGGGUUUAUGAGGAGAUAGUAAGAGUUCCGUUGGAGAAGAAGAAUGUCGUGUUUUUGGGAGAUGGGAUAGGUAAAACGGUCAUUACAGGCUCUUUGUAUGUGGGCCUGCCUGGGAUUUCUACCUCUUCUAGUGCUACAGUUGCCGUUCUUGGCGAUGGAUUCAUGGCCAGUGGUAUCACAUUCCAGAACACAGCCGGUGCUGAUAAAGACAACCAAUCCCACCAAGCAGUAGCCUUCAAAUUAAGCAGUGAUUUUUCUGUCAUUGAAAACUGUGAAUUCCUAGGCAAUCAAGAUACUCUUUUUGCUCAGACACUCCGCCAAUUCUACAAAUCAUGCCGCAUCGUAGGCAACGUGGAUUUUGUUUUUGGAAACGCUGCGGCUUUUUUCCAAGACUGCCAAAUCAUAGUCAAACCUCGGCAAGCUGCUCCAGAAAAAGGAGAAAAGAAUUACAUGACUGCACAUGGCAGAACAGACCCUGCCCAAACAACAGGUUAUGUUUUUUAUAAUUGUUUGAUUAACGGCACCGAGGAAUACAUGAAGUUGUACCAUGGCGCUAGCAAACCUGAAAUACACAGCAAUUUCUUGGGGAGGCCAUGGAAGGAGUACGCCAGAACAGUUUACAUACAAAGCAGCUUACAAGAACUUGUUUCACCACAAGGCUGGCUGCCAUGGAAUACCGACGAUUUUGCCUUGAAAACGCUUUAUUUUGGGGAAUUUCAGAAUUCUGGACCGGGUUUUACUCCACCCCGAAGGGUAAACUGGAGUAACCAAAUUCCUGCACAACAAGUUCAAACAUAUUCCGUUGAGAAUUUCAUUCAAGGAGAUCUGUGGAUUCCAUCAUCCUAAUAAUUUUUUUUU